AGAACAGUGAAAAAGACGACUCUCUCGCUCCGCUUCACAGCUCGCCUCGUGCUGUUAAGAACAAGCUAGCUUUAACAACUUUACCUACCUGAAACUUGCUCCAAAACUGUUUGAAGAACAAGAAGUACGCUUCAGUAGUACUACACGAACUAGUUAGCAUCCUUUCGAAGAUCUAGAUCUACUUUCGCAUCAACUAAGAAAGUACAAGUAGACAAAACUCUUGCGAUCUCUUCUCGCGUCCAACAAAAAAUGGCCCCGAUGAAGAAGAUGUCGGCCAUGAAGAUGGCCAGCAUGAAUAAGAUGAUGGCCAGCAUGAAGAUGGCGUCCAUGAUAUGAGAGGGCACAACUGCUCCCUUUUCCCCUCGUUUGUGAUGCGAAAUACCAAAUCCACACCCUGCCUUUUCGCACUCCUUGCAUGGCAAAUUUCGGAACAACUGCAAACAGUACUACAAUGCGGGUACAGGUUUGUCAUGCGGAAGCCACAUCUCUGCCGUUGCUUGUGUUGGUGUUGAUGUUAUACUUACAAAUGAGGGGAGGGGGACGAGUGGUGCACUCUCAUACAUGAAGAAGAUGGCGUCCAUGAAAAUGAUGAGCAUGAAGAAGUAUCAAAUGUAAAUAUGUCCUCUGGGUCUGGAAGGUUGCAACUUGUGAUGCUGUCUUUGGAUUCUAAAAAGAAUCUGUAUUGCAUGAACAGCAAUAGCAGGAGUCCAGUUUGUGCUUCGCGGGGAGGGCAUUUGUCAUGCGGAAUAGGCAUCAGGAUCAGGAAGCCCUCAAAAAAUCUGUGAUGCUAGGGCAUGCAUUACUGGCGUCAUGAGUCUUGCAAAAUAUGCAUGACAAUCUCCCAGACCCAGACAUAUUUGCAAUGCAUAAGAAGAUGUCCUCGAUGAAAAUGGCUUCGAUGAAGAUGGCUUCGAUGAAAAUGUCCAUGAAGAUGAUGUCCAUGAAAAAGCUGCAGGUGAUGAAGAAGCAGGCCGAGAAACCUAUCACGCAGAGAAAGGAUAGUAGCAGAUUAACAUACUUCUUAUCUUUUUUCGGCUUGGAAUUGCAGAUGUAAGUACACGUCGAAGAACAAGAGCAGCCUCGUCUGUCUAGCAUGUGGACUUUAUGCAGUUCCAGCUGUGGGCUACGCGAAAAGACCGAUAGUCCUGGCCUGUUAUGAUCUUUGCAUGUGAUACAAGUAGUGCGACGUCGCGCUAGCUAUCGUUUUUCUGUGUGAGACAAUCGGACAUGAUGCAGCACGCCCAAAAACUUGAAAAAAAAGCAAAAAUAGGCGAAAGUCGAGAACCCUCGGCAGGCUUAGAAACUGGCCACCAAGGGCGGUCCGGCGGGCGCGCGCUUGCGCCAUACCAUCGCGAUUGGGGAAAAAAAGUCGGACUAGAAGCGGGCGGAGGCAUGUCCCAAAGUCCGCAUUUGGUCUGGGUUGUGGGCACAAAUUCGGCACCUCCGCCGCGUCUGAAUUGCCCGAUUUUGGUUGCUCGGAAGGGUUUCCGGAUUUUCGGUUUUCCUCAUACCUUCCGGGCCAGGUGGCCAGUUUGUCAUGCAGGGGGCUAGAAAGGAUGCCCCGCUGCGAAAUAGCAGACCGGAUUUCGCCUUCAAUGCUUAUCGCAGGAGCCUGCGGGCCGCCGCGGGCGACAGUAGUUGUCCGCGGCCCUUGGGCCGCGACCGCAAACUGCGGCCCGCGGCUCAAGAAGAAGAAGUGGGAUUCUAAUUAAAAGAAAUGGUGGUGGCGAAAGCGCGGCCCGCCGGGCCGCGCUUUCGCCGCGCGGCUGGUUUGGCUUUCGCGCUGCUUAGAUUUUCGCGCACGCAUUUGGUUACCAAUAUCGCCCUCCGGGCGCGACCUUCAUACAAGUGGUGUGACACGCUAGCUAUCGUUUUUCUGUGUGAGACAACCGGACAUGAUGCAGCACGCCCGCGGGCUGCUCCGCGCCGUACUAGCUCGGAAUUCCGUCCGAAUUUUGUCCCCUACUUGGCUUCUUGAUACGGACGGAUUCUGACAGAAUUCGGAUGGAUUUUGAAUUGGUGGGGGAUGGGAUUUUGUGGUCCGGGACACCAGAGUUGUGCCUCCAGUCGACUUCACCUACCGAGACCAGCCUGGGCGAUCUUGGGUGGCUGACCGCAUUGGGAAUCGCGGCCGGGGAUCGCCUCGCCCCUCGCGCCUGGUCCGCUGGACCAAGCACAGGGCGCAGCGUUCGCGUGAAAGCGGCUAGAGGCCGUUUUCUAUGGCUGUCGUGCGCCGCAUUUUUUUCGCCCGAUUCGCCCCCUUGGAGGGGCGUUUUUUUGAAAAUGCCAACUUUUUGAAUUCAGUUUGAAUUCCGUUUGAAUCACGAUUACAUUCCGAGCGGUCUAGAGUUAAAGGAUAACAUACUUCUUAUCUUUUUUCGGCUUGCAAUGGCAAACAUAAAAGCAAGCACACGUCGAAGAGCACCCUCCUCUGUCUAGAAGCAUGUGGAAUACAUACACUUGCACUUGCAGCUGUGGGUUAGUACCCCCAGUUGAGCUGUUUCCGGGUUGUCAUGAUCCUUGCAUGUGAUACACAUGUGAUGCGCUAGUAUCUUUUUUCUGUGUGAGACAAUCGGACAUGAUGCAGCACGCCCGUGGGCUCAUCGCCGCGAAGCAGGCCGCCAGCGUCGCGCAGCAGAAGGGCAAGCUGUAUCCUGUGUGAAAACGUCUUUCACGCCGCCUGGCCAAAACUAAAAGGAGCUGUGUUGUGCUACUUACACGAGUCAAAAGGAGGCGUAUUUUGCUUCAUAUGCAUGGUAAGCGGGGUGCGACUAGAAAAAUAUGACCGCGUCACCACGAGGGCAGAAAGUUCGUCAUUUUGCUUCGGAGAAAGAUAAAAUUUUCGCAAACAGAAUCAAAAAACGCAACUCCGCUCACUGGAAAAGGGCCUGCGUGGCUAAUCGGGUUUCUGCAUUUUGUUUAGCAUGACGAGUAUGCGACUGGAACUAAGAAUGGAGUCUACAAAAACGGGUAGUAUGAGGCGUUUUUACAGCGGAUAAGCUGAAGGCGGUGUUUCUGCAGGGCGUGGCCAUUGCCAAGCGGAAGAUUGCGGCUCGCGAAGUUUUAUCCACUGCAAGAAAUAUGUCUGGGCCUCCUGGAACACAGCAACUUGUCAACAUGCUAAAUCUGAAUCAUGCAAAAAUCUGUGCUGCAGCUGCAUGGACGGCAAGUGUUCCCCACUUCUUGGCACGCAAAGGGCGGAUUUCUCAUGCGGUCUUGGCUUUAAGAAGCUCUUGCCCUUGCGGGAUCCAUGACGCCUUUGCUCGGGGUGCUUUGCAGGCCAAUUUUGUGCUCCACGAGAUGCAUAUCAAGCCUUGCAAUCUUCGAGACCCAGAGGACAUAUUUACAAUGCAUAAGUCUUCCGCCAGGCCGCGCAGAAGGCCAUCAGCCGGGUGCAGAAGUGAGGGGGAAGGAACCGCUGUGAAGUCAAAAAAGGAGGGCCCUGCGAGGCGAUCUUGAGGGCAUGAACUGUAUUACUUCGCUGGUUCGCAGCAAAUAACUGGUGUCAGGCCUUGAAUGCAAUCCCUGCACUAGUUUUGUACCAGUCCUGGUCGUGGAAUUUCGUUGACUUGUUUUUCGUAUGUAUUCUGAUCGUUCCUGUAAUGGAUUCACAUGCUUUUUUUUGUCUUUCUACACACAAAUUUCUGGUAUAAGAACAACGCGCUGCUCUGCAGUUUUUACACUACUUCGAGGUUCUUGUGACUCUGAUUUAUGAAUUUCAAUUCCCACUUUCUACUUCUAUCGUAUCGAUUCUGUUGUCGCCAACAUUUUCCGCUCUACUUCUUAUUUUGUUCUUGAAUCCGUCCAUAACGAGGCGCGUUUGUUCUUCUUGAGCUCGCAUGCAGAGGAUGUAAGUAUGUUGUCAAGUUGUAGCUUCAUCUCUGCUUUUGUUGCACGAUUAUAGAAAAUUGAUCAACUCAUCUGAGUUACCAUGAGUACCUUGAGAACAAGUAAACCACAUAAAAGGUAACCAGAGCCACGAGGUAGAGUAUGAAAAUAACUGCC